CCGGCCGCUGCGGAACCUUGGAUUCCGGCUCCGGUUUCCACCGAGGCGAGAACACUGCCAGAGCGGAAAUAAGGAUCGGCGUGUGGGCGGGCUCGGCAGCAUGUCGGCGGCGUUGCUGCGGCGCGGCCUGGAGCUCUUGGCCUCAACGGAGGCCCCUCGUGCCGCCCCCGGCCAGGCCAAGGCGAGCGGAGCUCCGGUGAAGCGGACCCGCAGGGCGAGGGCAAAGGCCGCCCAGGCCCUGAAAUUACGGAACUCAGCGAAGGGAAAGGUGCCUAAGUCCGCGCUAGAUGAGUACCAGAAACGACAGUGUCAAGACCACCUCAAAGCAAACCUGAAGUUUAUGACCAGCGUGAGAAGCACCGUGUCAGAGUCUGUGACCCAGCAGAACCUUUCCAGAUUCUGCAGCAGAACCAGGGCCGCAAAGCCUGUGACCGGAUAGUGACCAAGACGAAGAAGAAGAAGAAGAAGGCCGAGGGCACUGUGUUCACUGAAGAAGACUUCCAGAAAUUCCAGAGGGAGUAUUUUGGCAACUAGGCUUCCCGAGGAAUAGUGGGGGACAAAAGGCACCAACCUCCCUUGACUGUCUGUCUCUGUGGCUCUGUGCCAUGGGUGACCAGCAGGUGGCAGUGCAAUCUAGCCUGGCUCAGGAAGCCCCAGAGUUGGUAUCCCAGGGACACUGGAAUAGAGCUGCAAGCCUGGGGCAAAUUUGCCCUCACAUUGAGGUGGAUUUGUACUUGUUCGGUUGGAGCCAUCUAUGCCCUGCCAGAAAAGAUUCUGAACUGUAAGCUUUGACCAGGACAGGACCCUAGGGCUCUAUGCUGUGAAACAGGGCCAGGUAGGUGACCCUCUGAGACCAUACCGCCAAGAACUGCAUGUCAUCUGUUGGGUUCAAGUAAAUGUGGAUUUGAGCAAA